AUGGAGAUAAUGCGCCGUGAUCGAGUCAUCCUAGAGAGGAGGUCGCUCCCCUACUCGACUUCAACCCAGGUUGGUAUGACCGCCUCUGCAAACCCCCGACUCAGUCAUCCUCUAAGAGCCUCAUCUACUUCCAGGCCUGCCUCCUAUGCUAGUCCCAGGACCUUGUCUACCUCCCAGCCUGCUGCCUUUGUUCAUCCCCAGGCCUCUCUUACAGCCGGGCCAUCCGCCCCAAGGCAUCCCCAAUCAAUUAAUCCUUCCCGACCGACUUCUAGCCCGGGUCGCGGCUGUGGUAGAAGGUCAGCCAACGUAACUUAUGCCAGCCCUGCCUUCAGAGAAGCAUCUCAAGCGGCUCGUUGGGCACGCUCUGUAAAUGACCUCUCGAGUCAGGAUACACCCUCUUCUUCUCGGCGCAGGGCUCGACCGCCCUCUGAGGAUUCUGAUUCAGACGAUCAGCCUUUGGCUCACAGAUUUCGCAACAGAGCUACCAAUCCUAGUAGAAACUUGGGCCAUUCCCCUGUUCCUCAUCCUUCGCCUCCUGUUGCCAUGACUACUCCUAUCCCGAGCCAGGUAGAUGCUCCUCCUAAUCCUCCCGAGGUUCCGGCCGAGCCUCCACUAGCUCAACCUUCACCUCCGCAACAGCAUCGGAGCACCGAAGCUGGACCCUCACGUCGUCUUUCACCCGCUACCUCACCUCCAGAGCCCUCCAGUGCGCCUCCUUCAGCUCCUUCUAGCUCAGCUGCUGGGCCUUCACAGCCACCACCACCUGGUUAUCACCAUUACCGUACCACUACCCCUUCUGAGGCCGGGCUAAGGUCAAGGCAAGACGUUCCUACCAGCACUUUGAAAAUGAAAGGCUAUUUGGCCACUUUAUGGGAAGAAAGUAUUGUUGGAACCCCAAGUUGUCCAUUUGAUAAGUCGACCAACCACCUCGACAUUGGUAAGGGCUUUUCCCAUAGUGCUGUUUGUCAAGACCGUAAUAGGAUGAGCCAGGAAGUAGGACCUCAAACGCCGAGCCAUUAG